ACCCUCGUACUUUAUCUCAGUUUCCCCUAGAUUUUCGCUCACUUUCCCUCGUCACUAUACUUACAUUUUCCCCCAUACAUAUACACAUAUACACCUUCAUUCUUGAGAAUCCCCACAGUUUUUCACAUAAAGAUCCAAACUUUUCACCACCCAGACCAGAAAAACUCAUUUUUUGCAUUACCCAUAUCAGAAAGAUUCAAUCUUUUUGAUUAUUUUGAAUACCCACAUAAAAAAGAUUUAAUUUUGUUGAUACCCAUUUCAAAAAGAUUGAAUUUUUGUGAUGGGUUUGUUAUUUUUUAUGAUUCUUGUGUGUUUUGUUGGAGUUGAAGGGCUGGGAGUGAACUGGGGAACAAUGGCUACUCACAAAUUGAAGCCAGAAGAUGUGGUUCAGAUGUUGAAGGACAAUGGGAUUCAAAAGGUGAAAUUGUUUGAUGCAGAACAGAGCACAAUGAGUGCACUUGCUGGCUCUGGGAUUGAAGUCAUGAUUGCCAUUCCUAACGAUCAGCUUGAGUCUAUGAAUAGUUAUAAAAGAGCUGAGAAAUGGGUUCAGCAUAAUGUUACUCGCUAUAAUUUCAAAGGAGGUGUUAACAUCAAAUAUGUGGCAGUUGGUAAUGAGCCUUUCCUGAAGGCAUAUAACAAUUCUUUUCUGAAUACUACCUUCCCAGCACUUCAGAACAUCCAGAAUGCCAUAAAUGAAGCUGGUUAUGGGGACACCAUUAAAGCAACUGUUCCUUUAAAUGCUGAUGUCUAUGGUUCACCAGAGGAUAAUGCUGUCCCUUCUGCUGGUAGGUUUAGGCAAGAUAUUCUUGAUCAAAUGACCCAGAUUGUGCAAUUUCUAGACAAGAACAAAGCGCCAUUCACUGUGAAUAUAUAUCCUUUUCUAAGUCUCUAUGGUAAUGACAACUUCCCCAUUGACUAUGCCUUCUUUGAUGGAGUAACUCUUCCCAUUCACGACGGCGGGAUUGACUAUCAAAAUGUUUUUGAUGCCAACUUUGAUACACUGGUUUCGUCACUGAAAGCUGCAGGUUAUGGGGACAUGCCGAUUGUGGUAGGGGAAGUUGGAUGGCCAACAGACGGAGAUAAAAAUGCUAAUCUGGGAUAUGCUCAAAGGUUCUACAACGGGCUUUUACCAAGACUUGCAGCCAAUAAAGGCACACCACUGCGGCCUGGAUUUAUUGAGGUUUAUUUGUUUGGACUUAUCGAUGAGGAUGCUAAGAGCAUAGCUCCUGGCAAUUUUGAGCGACACUGGGGUAUCUUUAGAUACGACGGACAACCCAAGUUUGAAAUGGAUCUUUCAGGUCAAGGGCAGAACAAAUAUCUUGUACCUGCACAGAACGUAAAGUAUCUACCUCAGAAGUGGUGCGCAUUCAAUCCAGACGCCAAGGAUCUUAGCAAACUUGCUGAGAAUGUCAAUUAUGCUUGUACUUUUGCAGAUUGCACGGCACUUGAGUAUGGAUCGUCUUGUAAUGGCUUGGAUGCUAAUGGAAAUGUAUCCUAUGCUUUUAACGCAUACUUCCAGGUUCAAAAUCAGGGGGACUUGAGCUGUAAUUUUCAAGGGCUCGCCUCAGUGACAACGCAGAAUAUAUCACAAGGGCAAUGCAAUUUCACCAUUCAGAUCUUACCAUCCUCCCGAUCUUCUGUCACCAAUCCAUCACUGGUAGCUGUAGUAUUCUUAGCCUUUCUCAUAUUUAUGGUGGCUUAAUGAUAAAUCUUGAUUCUGUAUUCAGAUUUUGAAUUGAAUUUUAGAGAAAUCAUUUAUUUGAUCAA